GAAGAUGGCAGCGUGAUUCGGACACUCUUCUUGUCGUCAUCUCUCGCUACGUCACAGUCUGCUGUUCCGUUUUCAUCUCGAUGAACUUAUCGAGUAACUUGUGCCGGUACUCGGCUGUAUCUCGCUGUCAUUCAGCAACUAAACGAAUUAUUUUAUAAUCAUGCCAAGACGGUGUACGUGAUAAUAAAUAAACUCUGGAUCCACAGAUUCCCAAGUGAAAUAAAUUCAUUAAUACAUCAUUAUCGAACGGGUGAAAACAAACGUAAAUGACAUUUUUUAUCAUGGACUAACCGAUUCUAGUAUGCAAUCAACGAAUCUUGUAAUGUAUCUAUUUCUUUAUAAUACGGGUGGAUCGUCUUUUUGUCACGCAACAAUAUCGGAUAGUCCUACAACUCCAACUGUUACGAUACCGAAUUUCAAAGACGACAACGUGCACCUUGCGUCGGCAGUGAUUUUCAACCGUUAUGUAAAAUGGAAUUGAACAAUGUUGUUAAGACAUAAACAUGUUUUGGGUAUACUGUGGACUUUUUGUUCUCGUGAUUGCCGUACCUGGAUUUAUUAGCAGUGCCGACACUACUGCCAAAAGAGAAGCCGACUAUACUUUAGACGAUUCCUUUUGGAGUGAAGGAGAGACUCCUUCUGGGGAAGUCGAACGAUUACUACGAGAAUAUCGACAGAAUCAAGAGUUAGUACGUGAUAUUGGUGCGCACAAUUAUCAGAUCAUUUAUCCGGUACAGCUUCGGCAUCACGAGAAAAUGGGGAUAUCCACAAGGGAAGCUGGCUCUCCUAAGUACCCUCAAAGAGGUGGUUACGGAGAUGGAUAUCAACCUGGUCGUGGUAGAUCAAGAGCUGGAAAACAUUUUCAUCGAACGUCUCUCUUGAUAAAGGCCUUCAACCAUAAAUUCCGCCUAGAUUUAGAAUUAAAUACACAACUUUUAGCACCUAAUCUAAUGCAAAAGGAUUACUUAAGCAAUGGUGCCGAACAAACAACAAAGCAGGAAAUCGAGCAUUGCUAUUAUCAUGGUUCCGUGAAAGAUUAUCCUGGUGCAAGUGCUGCUUUUCACACGUGCAAUGGCGUCAGUGGGGUUAUUCAUUUGGGCAAUGAGACGUUCGUCAUUCAGCCAUUCUAUGGUGGUGAUUUGUCGAGACAUCCUCACGUUAUAUUUGAAGCUCGAACAAAAGGUAACAAAGGCUGUGGUAUUGCGGGAAAUCUUGAGCGUCGUUCGAAGAACCGUCGGCAGAAGCAUGUCCUCGGCUUAUUGGAGACCAUCACCGAUCGAUAUAAGAGAGACGUACGUGCAGCUACGAAAUAUAUCGAAACUGCCAUGAUCAUUGAUAAAGCAAUGUUCGAUAGAAGAAACGGUAGCACAAGAUCCGAAGUAGUUCAUGAUGCUAUUCAAGUUGCAAAUAUUGCUGAUUUGUAUUUUCGUACAUUGAAUACAAGAGUAUCAGUAGUUUAUAUCGAAACAUGGAUGGGUGGAAAUCGUGCAGCAAUUGAUUCCAAUAUGGAGAUUGGUCGUGCACUGCAAAACUUUGUUGAUUACACUGUGAGAAAAAUGUACCACGUUUCACAGGAUACCACUCAAUUACUUACAGGCGAGUCUUUCGCGGGUGGCGAGUCAGGGAUAGCUGUUCCAGAGACAGUUUGCAGCCCGAAAUCUGCUGGUAUAAGCGUUGACCUCAACACUUAUGAGCCACAUCUUCUAGCAGGAACAAUGGCACAUAUGAUAGGCCACAACAUUGGGAUGGGUCACGACGACCUAAGAGAAAAUUGCCAUUGUCGUGACUGGCACGGGUGUAUUAUGGCCCAGUCAAUUGUUGGCGCUGAGAAUGUCCAACCUUACAAAUUCUCUGAAUGUAGUAAAUCCGAUUACGAGGAUGCUUUGAAAGUCGGCAAUGGAAUCUGUCUUCUAAAUAAACCAAAUGAGUUGGAGAAUAGAUCAUGCGGAAACAGGGUAAUAGAUGAUGGUGAACAGUGUGACUGUGGAACCAUCGAUGAGUGUCCAAAGUAUGACCCUUGCUGUGACCCAAUAACGUGUAAACUCACUUCAGGAGCACAAUGUGCAAAAGGUCCAUGUUGUACCAAUGAUUGUAAGUUACGUCCUCAAGGACAUAUAUGUCGUGAAUCAACAAAUGAAUGUGAUCUACCAGAAGUAUGUACUGGUGAAACCGGCCAGUGUCCAACAGAUGUUUACAAAAAAAAUGGAAAACCUUGUGCCAACAACCACAGCUCUUGCUAUGCUGGCCAUUGUCCGGACUUAGAUGUCCAGUGUGAAGCAGUUUGGGGUGAAGAUGGUAGUGCUGCUGAUAUGCAGUGUUUCGAACAAUUCAACUCUAAAGGUUCUAUCAAUGGUCAUUGCGGAACUGACACAGAUGGACACUUUGUCAAGUGCGAAAUCGAGAAUGUACGUUGUGGUUCACUUCAAUGUCAGAAGGGAAGCAAACAGCCUGUGAUUGAUGGUAUGCACCAUUCAUGGACUAGAACUAUUAUUUCAAUACAAGGCAAUGAAUAUGAAUGCAAAGCUACUAGCAAAGUUGAAGGCUUAGAGGUGCCAGGAAUGGGAUUAGUUCGUGAUGGCACUUCUUGUGGCGAGAAUUUGAUCUGUAUCAAUCAAACUUGCACAAGUGUUUUCCCACACACAGACAUGGUUAAAUGUCCAACUAAUCACAAUAAUCUGGAGUGCUCUGGGAAUGGGGUGUGCACCAACGUGAACAAAUGUUACUGUAACAUUGGCUGGAGUGGUCCAGACUGUUCAAUACAAACAGAUAUACCCACAUUAGAACCGAUUACAACGACUGUUGGAGUGCCUGGCAAAGUCACUGAAUCAUCAUCCAGUACCAAACUUCAGAAGAAAGAGACCCCCUACGAGAACUACCACGGCUCUAACACUGUAUUUUUAGUUGGUAUGCUCAUGUCGGUGGUAGGGGGUGUUUUCGUAGUAUUUGCUCUGAUGGCUCUCUGCUACAGGUCAGUCGUAGUACAUAAAAACUUCUCCCUCUGUCUCAGGUUAGUGUGCAGAUACAUACACGUAGAACAUUUCUUAAAUGUCCUUAUUUACGUUAUUGAUUAUUUAAAUUAAAUGUCAAAAUAUUUAAUUACUAUCCAUUACUUUCUUCUAUACAUAUAUUAAUAACUGAUUAAUUAUAUAUUAAUAUCUGUUUUUCUUCUUCUUCUUCUACUACUACUUCUUCUUCUGCUCAUUUCACUGUCUCGUAUUUAACAUAUUCUUUAUGUUAAGUAAUGCCUUCAUUUGCCAACGUAAAAUUUCCCUUUAGUUUCAACUAUUUACUUUCGUCUAUGACGAUAUUUAUACCCUCAAUUAUUAUCAGAAUGACUAUAAACUCUUGUCCUGCAGAGUAUGCUUGCACUAUAAUUUUCUUUUAUCCCAUUGUAUAUUCAAUAAUCCCUUAUGAGUUUUUGUUAGAUGAUUUUCAUUACUAUGAUAAUCAUCCAAUCUCCUACUGUUAUCUAUCAAUUAUUCUAUUAUUAUUUAGUUUAAAAAAUGUUCAAUUCAGUUAACACAAAUGUAGAAAACAAUACAUUAAACCAACAAGUAUGUAUGUUAUAGAUUUUUGGUUGCUUAGUCAUUAAAUAUAGAUAGUAAUGCUUGGGCUUUUUUAUUGCAUAAGUAUUUUAAUUUUUAACAUUUUAUAAUAGAUUAGUUUUGUUAGCACACAAGCUUCAACUUGUCACCUUAAAUACGUAUAUAGAGUUUCAGAGUAUUUCAAACGAAAGAAAGAUGAUACCUCUGAAAAUAGGAGAAUGAAAGUUUGAAUAAUUCAGCAAUAAUCAACAACAAGUACAAUUUAGUGUUGUUGGUUUAUUCAAGUUUAUUUUACUCCAGUUUUUAAUUAUUUCCUAUCGAUUGAAUCCGCUGUUUCUAUUUAAUUAAUUACCGCAAUAAUUACCACAACUCCAGGCGAUUCUAACUAAUAACUAAUUUCCACCGCAGAAUUUUCGUGUUGGAAAUAUAAUGACAAAUUUUCUAGUUCACUUGGUGUGCAUCGUUUAUUUUAAUUAUCAAAGUAAAUUUUUUGUUAAUGAGAACUUAUUAAUUUUAGAUCUUUUUUUUUAUCUAUCUUAUUGUCAAAGAAGAAUUUGAAAAUUAUUUAUAGUAAUGUGAAAAGCUAGUUACUUUUAUAUUCCUUAGAAAGCUUUGAAAACUAAAUGAUUAUAUGAGAUUUUUGUUACUUUUAUUCUUUGUGUUAGCUUUAUAACUUUCUCAAGCCCGUAAGUUCGUAAAAACUUUUUUGACGAGUUUAAACAAGCAGGUGUCAACUAGAAAAAUUAUUCCAUUAAUAUACCUGCCAACUUAACGACAUUUAUUCGCCUUCUCCUUUCACAUAAAAAACUUUACAUGUCAAGCAAGACAUCUAAAAGUUCAUAUCUCUUUUUUCUUUAUUUUUGCACUUUAACGCCUUGUAUAAUAAAUUCAACAACUUUACCUAACAAAAUUUAAAUAAAGUCAUCGCA